AUGGAACCCAAAGACCGCCCUCACCGUGCAACCACCACCUCCGGAGCCAGUGAACUCUUCAUCUGCUUCACCUCCCGUCCUUCCAACACCUCCAACUCGGCCGCCACCACCAUGCGUGUCCCUCCGCCAAGUCCCUCAUGUCCCCGGCGCGCACCGGUGCCCCAUCACUCUCCUCCUCCCUCAGCCGCCGCCUCCGUAGCAGCGGCAGCGUCAAAGGCCGGCGAACAGUCCCCCAUGUUCCCCGCCGCCGUCACCGCCGCCGCCGCACGCAAGAAAGGCUGCUCUUUUGAAGCUGCUGAGCCUUCCUCUCCGAAAGUCACUUGCAUUGGCCAAGUGCGGCCAUGGCGAGGUCUAGAUCUCAGAGGAGAAGUGGAGGAGAAGCCAGCUUUAGAAGAGCUGGAGUUGGAGUUGGAGAAGGUGAGAAGGAGUGCAGGCCUUGGGGGUUUUGUGAGGCUUUGCGUUCGUUUGGAUCGGAGAUCAAUUGCUUUGUUCCGUGUAGAGGUGGUGGGAGGUCUUCAUUUUGUUCAUCUUCAAAGGCUGGUUUUGAAGUGGAGGAGGAGAAGAGGAGGAAAGGGUCUUCUUGUGGUGGUGCUGUGUUUGGGGUGGAUGAUGGCUGUGCAGGAGAGUGAGGAAGGGAAAGGUGGUGAAGUUGUGGGUUUGGUUGUGCAGGAGAAUGGGAGAAGAGAGGUGAGUUUGGUGGUUGAGAAGGUGGAGGAGGAGAAAGAGAGGGUGGAGAUGGAGGUGGAGGUGGUGGAGGAGAAUAGAGGGAGUGUUUGUGUUCCUCCAAAGAAUGCUUUGUUGUUGAUGAGAUGCAGGUCUGAUCCUGUUCGAAUGGCUGCUCUUGCUACCAGGUUUUGGGGUUCUCCAGCUGCUGCCAAAGUUGGAGCUGAAGAAGGGAAGAAGAAGAAGAAGAAGAAGAAGAACAACAACAACAGCAAAGAAAGAAGAAGAAGAAGCUGUUGCUGUUCAUGUAAAGAAGACACAGCUGGAGUUUCUCAAAGAAGAAGAGCAAAGAGGAGGAGAAGGAGGAGAACCCAAACAAAAGCCAUGGAUUCAGAGAAAGUUUGUAGCAAAGUGGAAGCAGGGGAGACCAAGAGAGAGCUCCCUGAUUGCUUGUUGUUGAUGAUGUAUGAACCUAAGCUUUCCAUGGAGGUCUCCAAAGAGACCUGGGUUUGCAGCACUGAUUUCCUUCAAUGGCGGCCGAAGGAAGUGGUACCCGCCGCGCCGGCGCCGCCGUUGAAGAACAGACCCAAAGAUCCUGCUCCGCCGUUGUCGGAGGAGGUGAGAAGAGCUGGUUGGCACGGCUGA